AUGACGGUAGCAGCUUUGGACGGCCAGGCGUCUCCGGGUUCUGGUUCAGUUGGAGCCCGACUUCAGACGGAGCAGCAGCGAGGAGGCUCUGCAGCAGAACCGGGUCAGAGCCAGAGGAGAACCGGGUUCUGUAACAGGGAAGAGAAGAAUCAGGAGGCUGAAGACGAUGAUGAAGAUGUUGAUGAUGCUGCUGGGACUCUGCUGUUCAGAACCAGAACCAGAACCAGAACCAGAAGCGUUCGGACCAGAACCUGGAUGAGGAACGACCAGGAGGUUCUGGUGGGUCGGACAGCGGCAGCGGGCCUGCAGGGGGAUCAUGUCUGGUCUGUUUUGCCUGCAGGCAGACCUUAUUGUCACCGUGUGCUCCAGCUGAGGCCCCGCCCCUUUCCUACCUGCCCUCCAGGUGUGCUGGGAGCCUCGGAGCUCGCCUUCCUGAUGGAGCCCAAGGACGUGAUCGCUGUCAGGGACCGCCCCCUGAUGCUGCACUGCCAGGUAGAGGGGGAGGGGCCCGUCAGCAUCACCUGGAGGCAUAACGGCGUUCCCAUAGCAACCGGCGACAGGGCGGCGGUGCUGGCCAACGGCACGCUGCUCAUCAGGAACUUCUCCAAGAGGCGAGAGAGCAACGAGUCGGAUGCCGGCGAGUACGACUGCGCAGCACAGAACCGCUACGGGUUGCUGAUCAGCCGCAAGGCGCGGGCGCAGUUGGCCUCGCUCCCAAAGUUCCUGUCCCACCCACAGUCCCUGGCUGUGGACGAAGGGGGUGUGGCCAGACUCAGCUGCCAGGUGAACGGGAUUCCUGAGGCAAACAUCACCUGGCAGAAGGACCGCCUCCCUCUGAGCACCGCCGACCCCAGGUACACUCUGCUCCCCAACGGCGUCCUGCAGGUGACUGCCGUCCAGCGCUCCGACGGCGGCCUGUUCCGCUGCGUCGCCUCCAACAUGGCCAACACGCGCUACAGCCACGAGGCCCAGCUGUCCGUCACCGUUGCAGGGUCCAGAACCUACAAGGAGCCCGUCAUCCUCUCUGGACCUCAGAACCUCACCAUCAACAUCCACCAAACCGCCAUCUUGGAAUGCAUCGCAACAGGAAACCCACGCCCGAUUGUGUCCUGGAGUCGCCUUGACGGUCGGUCCAUCGGCGUGGAGGGCGUCCAGGUCCUGGGGACGGGGAACCUGAUGAUCUCGGACGCGUCUCUGCAGCACUCCGGGGUUUACGUCUGCUCCGCCAACCGGCCCGGCAGCCGGUCCAGAAGAACUGCGCUGGGACGCCUGGUGGUGCAAGCUCCUCCAGAGUUCGUUCAGUGGCCGCAGUCCGUCUCCCGGCCAGCAGGGGGCAGCGCCGUCUUCAGCUGCACCGCCACCGGCGUCCCCCAGCCGCACCUCAUCUGGCUGAAGAAUGGCAAGCUGCUGGCGCCCGGCGCUAACGUCAAACUCACCAACGCCAACACGACGCUGGCCAUCACACGCAUCUCCGCAGAGGACGAGGCGAUCUACCAGUGCAUCGCGGAGAGCGGCGCCGGUACCAACCAGGCCAGCGCACGGCUGGCGGUGGCGCCAGGGCCGGCGUUGCCUGAGGCGCCCGCCGGGCUGCGCGCCGCUGCCCUGAGCGCCGCAGGUUUACGGCUCACCUGGGACCGGCCCGACCCACAGGACGCCCGGCGGGUCAUCGGAUACGUGCUGCACAUCCGGAGACUGGGAGAACCCGACGGCGCCGAGCUGCAGGAGGCCGUGGACCAGAACACCUUCAGCCACGACGUCCAGAACCUGGAGGCCGCCACCAGCUAUCACGUCUACCUGAAGGCGUACUCUGCUGAGGGCGGCAGCCCGCCGUCCGCCGCCGUCACCGCCACCACGCUGGGCGGAGUUCCCAGUACUCCCAGUUUCUUCACCAAGGUGCUGAACCAGACAGCUAUGCAGGUGUACUGGGAGCUGCCCAGUAAACCAGGGAAGGUGGAGGGCUUCAGGCUGCUGUACCAUGGGGUCUCCAACCCCGACGUCCAGGGGCAGGAUAUGUUCCCAGGACACAUCAACACUCACACCGUCUCCAACCUGGAACCAGCAGCGGUUUAUGAGAUCCAGCUGGUGGCGUUCAACGGGAACGGAGACAGUCCGUCCGCUCGUCGCCUGGUGUCUCUGGCAGAGGGCGGAGCCUCAGCAGCAGCUGGUCAGAGCUGUAAUUGCGACCAGUCCGACCCAUCCAUGUCGACGCUGCUGGUCGGCGUCCACAGCGGCCUGGCCUGCGUCCUCUGCUGCCUGCUCUUCAUCCUGCUGGCGUACAGACGCAGUUUUAUCUGCAGAAAGGAGAGGAGCUGGGAGACUCCAGCCACCCUGACUGGAGUGAGAGGGGCUAAAGGUCAAAGGGCAGAGAGCGUUGAGCUGAGCCAGAGAUGUGACUCCGCCCCUCCUCCAGUGACCGUCAUGGUCGAGUUGAGACGAUCUGCUGAAUCUGGACCCGGAUAACCCCCCCACAGGGAGGGUGGGUUAGACCCCCCUCUGCCCCCCCCCCCUCCCCCCCCCCACACACACACACACACAGCCUCACCUCCACCUUUAAAUGAUGAAGCUGCAGAGACUGACCGCUCUGUUCACUACCUCUCCCACAUUGAGCCAAAGCUGAGCCCCUCUGACCCGGUACCACAAUGACCUGGUCACAUUGACCCUGACCCCUGACCCGGACCGUCCUCUGUGGAAACAGAGUCACUUCCUGCUCAAACCAAAACCUUUUUUCUUUAGUUUGGUGUCGUUUCCGUUUGAUCACCAACUGUGCCGAGUUCCCGCCAGUCCGACCAGAACCGGGCCUCAGAACCACCCGAGCAGGUAGCGGACCUGCCGGGCCUCUGGGGCCAGAACCAAAGGGAUUACCACGUUCUGGCCAGCAGGUGGCAGCAGAGUUCACUGUAGGUCAGAAAGUGGAGGAAGAGCUGCCCCCUACACCCCCACACCACUACCUCAAGCUUUGACCUCUGACCUCCUGCUGCUCAGGCCAAGCUACCUCACAACCAAAAGCUCCAUGAUUGUCCCUUGACCUCUGACCUCUGAGCUGCUGCAGAGGUGAAGCAGGACAGUUUGGACAUGGUGGACACGUCUCUGUGGGACGUCCUCACCUUUAUGAACACAUAAAGGCGGGCGUGGCCACUUCCUGUCGGCCAUGUUUCAGCGUACCUGUGAUGUGUUGGAGCCAAAUAUUAACGCGCUGAACGGCGUCCAAAGAGGAAGUUCUGAUCCAGAUUCAGUUUGUUUUUGCUCUGAAGAACAAAGGAACCAAAACGACGAGUUUCUAUUGGACGACGAGUCCAAACGACCAAAUGAGAGACAGAUGGAGACACCUGCAGCUCCACCUUCACCUCUGACCUCUGAGGUUCAUAUGGAGAACCACAGAGGGCCUGGGAGUUCACCGAGUUACGUUACAAGUCUUUACGGUGACCCCUGACCCUCGACCCUGAGGACAGCCUGCAGUAAAACUCGGACCUGUCCGUAAAACUCGGACCUGUCCCUUUAAACUCCCAGCGUAGAACUGGAGGAUACGAGUCCAUCAGUGGAGUCCCCCCCCGCUAAGCCCCGCCCCUCUGUCCUCGGGGUCACAUGUCUUCUCUGCCUGGAGCUUCUUGCUGCCUUGGUGUCGGUUCUGGAGCGACCCGGUUUCAUGCAGAGCGAAGCCUUUAAUGUUGCUAAUUAUUCUGGUUUUCUAGAACUUUCUUCCAUCAGCUGAGUCCAAGUUUCGGUCGCCGCCAUCGGCGGCGGACAGGAAGCUCUGCCAAAUUCUGCUGAUGUGAAGACGAUUCCCGUAGGCCCAGAACCCCAACCCGUUUUUACUCUGUUUGUAGAUGAAAACUGCUUCCAGCUGGAGGAGAUGGACCGGAACCAGAACUGGAACCAGAACCUUCCAGCUGGAGGAGCUCUAGAAGCUGUAGAUCAUAGAGAUUUGAGGCUAGAACCAAUGAUGAAAUGCUUUAAUGGUUUUCUAGUGAAGCGCGGAGCUUUAACUGAUUCUGAUGGAGAUUUUUGUCUGUUUUGAAUGAAUUUUCUGGAAUGUUUGAAUAUUUUUCCUUCUGUUGGAACAAGCAGCCAUUUUUCUCUCUGUUGUUUAGACGCCAAAUAAAAGUUAUUCAUGUAGAAACUGGACUGAAGUUCUGCUUCUUUUCAUUCUGAGCCCGGUUCUGGUCGGGUCCAUGUUGGCACGACCUAAUCAGAUUAUCUAUAAUAAGUAAAGUGAACAGUUUUAAAACUUGAACGGACAGAUCGACGUCCAUAAAGAGCUUAGAGACAGUCGCUGUUUCUGACUCUGCGUCUCCACCUGCUGGUGGUUUGAAGCGAAGCGUCAUUCAGGUAAAAUGUUCGCUACGUCAGAGCUGCGGUCUGUUUUUCUGAAGAAACACUUGAAGCGUUUGACAGAUUGAUUUUAUAUUUAGUAUUUUCCUUCAGCUGUUUCUAAUGCGAUGCUUCAAAAUAUGAAUAAAUAAAACGCUGAUGGAAACAUGGCAGCCGGUUACAAACAUAGACAGAUUUAAAGAAUAGACGCCUCAUGAUCUAUUGUCGCUGACGAGAUUUAAGGCGGCCAUCUUGGAGCGGUCGUCCCUCCUACUUGGCUAAACAAAAACAGCAGCAGAAAUCUCAGCACUGCCGGAUGUUUUUGUUCAUAUCGAUGGAUUAUUGACGUGAGAUCUCGGGGGAUUACAUUUCACAAGCAAGAUGGACAUAUUACUGUUUAUAUUUUGUGAAUAGAAUAUUACUAUACUAUAUUUAUAUCCACCAGCUAAUAUUAGCUAACCACUGCUGUAGUGCUAACGGUGUAACACCGGCUUCAGCUAUGAAGGCUAACUGAGAUUUUGUAAAUCUUAAAAAGUUUGAAUUAUUCCCUAACAUUGAUUUAGAUUAUGUGACACAAAGUUGCAAAGACUGUUAUUUAUAUGUAAUUGUUUCACUCUGUCUAAAGUAAGAUAUCUCCCGUUUUAGUUUAGAAGGUUUCAUAAAGAGGGAAAUGAGUUUAAGGAGAGACGGAUCCACUGCUAUGGAUCUCUUAAGCUGCAGUUCCUCGGCUGGAAAACAUGAAUAAAACCUACAUAGAUAUUAUGUGUAUAACCAUGUUCAUCAUUAUUUAAUCAUCUUUGUUCCUCAUAUUUAUAUAUAUAUAUAUAUUGAUAUUACUAAAUAAUAUAUUUUAAAAAUAUGACUGGUUGUGUGUUUUGUAAAAUGCUCAUCAUACAUCAAUAUCAAAAUAUUCUAUUCCGAAUCUAUCCUGUUUUCCACACUAAUAUUUAAAUAUGCUGAACCAUGCAUCAGUCGAUUCAAAAACACUUAAAAACAAUGUCCUUGUAAAUGUAGCGAUGAUAUCUGUUUGAAUAAGGUUUACAGCAAAACAUUGUAAAAAUAUGUUGAGUAUUUAGCGAGUUAUGAUUAAUUAAAUGCGCUGAUACUUCAUUCCCCAUGUCAAACAUAUAAGGCUGAGUGGAGCGGUCGACCUCUCCAAGAUGGCCGCCCUAAAUCUCGUCAGCGACAAUAGGCAGGCGCGGCCAUGAGGCGCCUGUUUCUUUAUGUCUAUGGUAUAACGCGGACGGUUAUCCACGGUCUCCCGUUUUUAUUUUCUUUUGAAAUCUGUGACAUAUUUUCACCUUUAGGAAGGAUUUUCACUCUCAGCAUGAAUUUGAACUUUUAUUUACUUCGGCGCAGCUCACAGUUUUUAACAGAUUCUGUAGCUUUCUGUGAACUUCUAAAUCUGCUCCUUAGUCGCAUCUUUUCGGGCCUGAUACUGCUGCCUCAGAUAACAUAGCAAAAUAGCGCCCCCUUCACUUCCGGAGUGCAAUGGUCCUAUUUCCAAAUAAGGUAUGAGACUGACAGCGGUCCGUUUCCUGUUUGCUGCAGCGAGGUGAACUUCGUCUUUGGUUACAAACUGCAGCAGCCCAGGUGGAUAAUGGGUAAUGUAGUGAUCACCUGCUUUACACAGCAAUGUCAUCCAAUCAGAGCCUAGGGGAGGAGCCUAGCCUCCACCUGAUCAGAACCUGCAGGUUCCGUUUGUUCACCUUUUGUUGCUGCGUUUCAACAGAUUGUUAAUUACGGAGGCCCUUAGGGGACAUGGCGAUUUUUUCUUUUGCGUUCCCUGGCAGUAAUGUCCUGAUCAGUUCAGGUGUUAUGACUGAACACUGUAAGCCUUUCUCACGGGGCCAUCACACUUUCUGCUAUAAUAUGAGGCUUUCAUCAGGUUUUUCCUUAGAUGUUAAUAUCUCAUUAUGAAAUAUCUGAAGUUUUAUAUCUUUUUCUUUAGGAUAGAAAUGAACCACAAACCUCUGACAUAAACAGAAACUUUCCAUAAGUAGGAAAGAAGAAAAAAUACAUCCAAACCAUCUGGACUAUUUCUGAGUUAUUAUCGCGGGUAAUAAAUCAUCUGACAGUUCAGUGUCUGGUUGGUCUGAACGCUUAAAGGGCCGUUUCCAUCCCAACCUUCACUAACAGACAUAAACAUGCAGUGAAUGAAUCCAUUUUCUGUCCGGUUUUUGCACCAAAGAGUUAAUAACCAC